CGUGAAGAAAUUUCACGCUCCUGGAACGAUGCCAUGGCUUUGGCGAAUGCAAUCAAGCAGGUGGACACGAACAAUGAUAUAGCCGCGUUUGACUGUGCUGGGGAAAAGAUCGUAAACGUAUACAAAAACGUGGCAAGCUUUGGCGAAGGAUGGUUCGGAUGGCGCGUCAAUGCCUUCUGUCAACCUCUCGACAAAGAACCGGACUUUCCAGGAGACUGCAACCCGAACACUUUCGCAUACCAAUGGGAUACGCUUUGCGAAAACGGACGCUGUGAAAUUAAUCGCGAUAUGGACAAUUCAUACAUUAACAUCAUGUUCUGCGAUCUCUUCUUCACACUCCCGGAAUUGUGGCAGGUAAUUGAGGAUGGGAAACGCGCACCGAAGGAAAAGAAAUAUCAUAUGCACACAUAUUGGGAUAAUAAGGGCAAGCUUGUCCUCCACGAGCUACUGCAUGCCGCAACGGUGGGCGGACAUGCGAAUGAUAGACUUCUGAUUGAUGAUCUCAGGAUCAAGGUCAGGAAGCACAACUUCAAUGGACCUGACGAGUUUCAUGUCGUGGACGCCUAUGGACCGUUGAAUGCUAAGAUUUUAGCUCGCACUGUACGGAAUGAAAACUGGAACACAUACGUAAGGCGAAACGAUGAUAACUGGGCUGCGUACGCUACAGUUGGCGUCUAUCCGGUACUUCCGUUAGCGGACGACCAUGCAUACGUUUCGGGAACCGACGAUAUUCCAAACACGUUGUUCCUCAUUGACGGCGGCAACUACACCAUCAACAGUGAAGUCUACGACCGUGACACGCUAUCCAAUCAAUUAGACCACCUGAGUAGCGAGAACGAGCAAACAGUGGUGGAGGAUACGACCUUCCGGCCCGCUUCGGAUUAUCCCGAAUGGUACACCAGAAGAAUUCAAGAAGCAAGAGGUGGAGAACUCGAAGACACGCCGGACGAAAACACACCAGCGCCGGGGCCGGAACCGGAA